UAUUGUUUGAAUCAAUUAGUCAUGUGUUGACGUAGAAGUAAAUCAAUAAUGCGUAUUAGAAUAUUGUAUGGACAUUGAGUUUUAGCCUAUUCGUGGUUAUUUAUUCAAAAAUGGCUCUUGUAAAUAAAAUACCUGCAUUAGGGUCGUUUUAUUUAGUCUUUGCUGUGCACUGUUGCUUAUUCAUCCAAGGAGCUUAUGGUAACCAUGCUGUCAAACCAAUGCUUUUCAUUAAUUUCUUUGAUGACGAAGUUGGAUCAGAAACAACGGGCAGCCCAAAUUUGAAAGACACUGAAAUAAAACCGUUUUCUGAUGAAGGCCUAGCGAAUAAUUUUUUGCCCGAUGUCUUUAAUGAAACAUCAGUUUACACAGCAAACUACUCAGAAACCGCGAAAUCACCUAUUCCCACUGAUCUAAAUCAUUCUGAAAAUGCAAUGAGUGUCUUUUUUGGAGAUUCAGGGAAUGAAGAAACUGAAACAGUCAAAUUCGAAUCUCCAUCUAGUGACAAAACUGAACCAGGCAUGUCCGCAGAGGGUUUUGACAAUCCAGAAUCAUGUGACAAUAUUCCGUUACAAAUCACUAGAAUUUAUUUCAAAGCAAUUGCAACUUUGAUUCAACAUAUAAUGGAUGCUAUUUUCGCCGUCAACGAAACUCCGAUGAAUUCAAGAGUUGGUGAAGCACCAAUGUUUGAAGAUGACCAUUUUGACUCAAGCCCUUCGAGAAGACUACGGAAGAGAGAUAUUCCGCCCGGAAGUGAACUUAGCAGUUCCACAAAACAAUCUGAGCCAGACGUUCAAUCUUCCACGCAUGCAGAUCAUUCGAGUAAGAAUAUACAUACACAUGAUUCUUCUGAAGAACAAGUGAGUACACCAGAAAGUAGUUUGGCUAUAACGAAACUACUCAGCCAACAGGACAAAAUUGUGAAGAUCACGUCUAAUGUGUCCAAAAAAAUUGAACUUCCACAUGUGGGUGUAAACUCAUCAACUGAAAUCAAUCUCAAGUCCGUAAAAUCUGAAAAUAAACACGAAUCAACACUAAAGAAUGUUCAUGGAGAAACAGAACAAAAAAGUAGUACCACCACAUCUACGGCACACAGUUCCCUUGCAUCUACAUCAUUAAAGCAAUCAACUUCAUCACCGACGGAGAAACCUGUCAAUGCUGACGAGAAGAAAAAUAUUCCAAAAAUUGAUGAACUGGUUUCAAAUGCAGAUCUCCUUAAAGGCGACCCUGCAUUCCUGCUAUAUGACCAAACAUCUGGUGAAAAACAGGAAAGUCGCAAUUUCUAUAAUAUUGAUAAUAUUGAACCACCGAAGUUUCACCCUAAGACAGUCGAACACUCUAACGAAGAGAUUGAUAGCCAAAACGAAGAAAACUCAUCAACUGGAAUUGUUUUCGCUAUGACUGGAAUUGUGUUGGGUGUAAUUGUAGUAGCUUUUGUUGGAGCAGCAGCAGCCUACACAUAUGUGUGGAAGAACAAUUCUUACCGACACCAGGGCCAACACGCAGGUCCAGGCACUUCCAGUCAACGAAGUGCAAUGGCUUAAAUUAUUGAAAAAGCAUCAUUCUGUGGAGAAAAUUUCUGAGAACAUAUUCUGUGUUAUUUUAAAGAAAUCCUAUCAUUAUGUGUUACCAAAUUGUCAAGCAUGGUUCUAAUUACUUGACUGUUUCUCAUAUUUUACUGUCUUGAGAUGAAUUUUUGUAAGUGUUACAUACUUUUACAAGUUUGGUACUUUUGCUUCAAAAUUUGUGUUUUUAAUUUGUUAUAAUAAAUAAUAGAUGUAUUUUUUGUUGA